UUCAUAAAUGGUAAUUAGACAAAAACAAGAUAGAUAGGAGCUAUUUUUGACCAGACUGGAUUGCAGAAUGCUGGUGGAACCAGAGGUAGGCAGCCCCAGUUUGAUACUGGUACAAAAUGAGAUUGGGUUUUACAGACGGGUCUCGUGGUGCAGAUGGAAACAUGGCAUUAUACAAAACCCUAAAGUGCGGCCCCACACUGAUGUUUUAAUAAACCAUGAGCAGGCAUUGUGGUUUUCCUGUUUCCUAAGAAAGGAACGGCUAUGAUAAGCCUGUACUGAAGCUAUGCUCAUGGCUUUCAUGCACCACUCACAGCUUCUUCUAACAGAAUGGCUCACUGCUGGACUGGGAUUCCUCUAAUACUGAUCUACCUCCCUGCCUCAGCCUUCACAGUGCAGAUCAAAAACGUUUACUUCAUCGACGAGGUGAAGGGUGUCAAUCUGACUGUCCCAAAAGAGAUCGGGGGAACAGGAUGGGCUUGGGAGUGGACCCCACAUCACGGCAGAUCUGAGAGAGUGCGGAUAGCACAAGUAAAGCUGGGAGACCCGGACUACUCUGUAUAUUCCUGGAACUGGACUUCAGAAAUAAACUGCAGCCACAUUGAAGCAGGUGCCCAGGGAAACAUAUUCAUCAAACCUGUGUUUGAAAAUGCAGGCCUUUUUACUUUCAGACAAAUCAAACCGAAUAACAAAGUCCUGGCAAAGUUUGAAGUGUAUGCUUUUAAAUUUUUUCCAUUUUUCUGGGACCCAGUUAAAGUUGGAACGGAUGUCACUCGGGUGUGCACCAUUUCAAGAGUGAAGGAGUCAAUGAAAGUCCAGUGGAAACACAAUGAGGAGCCGUCUUCCGCCACCCAGUUUAAUUUCAACACCACCACCACAUUCCUGAUGAUCCAGAACGUCCAGGAGCUCAGUGCAGGGCAAUACUCAUGCAGCUUGCAAAUAAACCAAAGAGUCCUCUACAGCGUUCACAAUACAAUACGACUUGAAGCACCUUCACAACCUGCGCACUACACCUUGUACAGGGACACUGCGAACCAAAGCAAAGUGCAACUCUACUGCAGCACGCAAACCAGUCACAACACAGUAGCGUGGUCCUGGAAAGCGCAGGGCUCCAACAGCGCUACCCGCCGCAUAGCGUCUGCCAAUAGAAACCAACCCGCCGAAAUCUCUCCGUCGACGCACUUCAGGGGGCGAGUGAGACCGAUGGAGCGAGUUUCUGGACAGAGCCUUGCUCUUCACAUCGCUCCUGUCACGUUUCAAGAUGCCGGGCUAUUCUUCUGUGACGCCGAUUCUCGAGAAUAUAUGAGCGUAACGCUUAUAACAUUACAGGUCUCAGUGGAGCCCUCUGGUGGUCUGUCUGUGGGCGAGGAGGUGAGGCUUACCUGCACUGUCUCUGAGGUCUAUGAGACCUUUCAGCUGGCGUGGCUGAAGGAUUACAGCCGGACCAUGCUGAUUUCUAAACAGGAGACCCUGACCCCUUCAGGCGCUGUCCGGAGCCUGACCCUGGUCAUACCCAGUAUCCAAACCCACCAUCAGAAAUGGGCGUGUGUCGUGUUCCAGGGAAACAUUCCCAGGGCCUUUUUACCACUCCACCUGGAAGCCAAAGAGAGACACAUUUCUGUUGGCUUUCUUGGAUUGAUCAUCUGUAUAGGGCUUUUCCUUCUGAUUUCUGUUGCUGCUUUGGUGUUUUUAAUGCAAAGAAAAUGCACACGGGCACAGACUUGUCUGGGAAAAGAGCAAACACACAUCAAUACCGCCGAGAGGAACCACAGGAACAAGACAAGUGAUCUGGACAUUUACGACAAUGUGGAAAACAUCUAUGAAAAUUGUUGAGAAGACAGAACACACGAUUUUGCAUUGGACUGUUUUAUUUUUUUAUUUUUGAUUGCUUAAUAAAUGUUUGUGUUUUUUGCCGA